AUUGGUUUAUGGAAUGACAGAGCCGAAUGUUUUACAGUUCCGACAGUAAGUUGUGUGGCCGAAACAGGCUGAAGCAUGGCAGUACCUACCGGCAGAGCUGUGGUAUUCGUUACCGGGAACGCGAAGAAAUUGGAAGAGGUAGUUCAGAUCCUUGGUGACAAAUUUCCCUACAAACUGAUUUCCAAGAAGAUUGACUUGCCUGAAUAUCAAGGGGAACCAGAUGACAUUUCUAUACAUAAAUGUCAAGAAGCAGCAAGGCAGGUGGAUGGGCCAGUGCUGGUGGAGGACACCUGUCUGUGCUUCAGGGCACUAGGAGGACUACCAGGACCUUACAUAAAAUGGUUCUUGGAUAAACUGAAGCCAGAGGGAUUGUGUAAAUUGCUAGCAGGGUUUGAGGAUAAAUCUGCCUGGGCUCUGUGUACAUUUGCUUUCUGUGCUGGAAAAGACAAGCCAGUUCAGCUGUUCAGAGGAAUAACCGAGGGCCGUAUUGUUGAGCCCAGGGGCCCAAGGGAUUUUGGUUGGGAUCCUUGUUUUCAGCCUGAUGGCUAUGAAAAAACUUAUGCUGAGCUCCCUAAAGCAGUGAAGAACAGCAUCUCCCAUCGGUACCGUGCCCUGGCAGCCUUGUCGGAACACUUCUCCAAGCUUAACAACACACCGGAGACCAAGCAUGCAAAACACCAAGACUGAGUACUGUUGGCUUUCCAAGCAGAUUCAGCCAAUCGGAGCUCAGUUUGCCUCAUCAGGCUCUGGUUCAAAUCAAAGCACUAAUGUACUGCUCAUAAACGGUUUCAAAUGUACUCAACAGUAUAUCAACAUCUUUCAUUUUCAAAAUUAAUUUCAAUUAGUACUGAAGUUAUCAUUAGCCAUAGUGAUUAAUUGGCUUAGUAUAGAAACAGUUUAUGGUAUGUCCCCAUUUGGAUUGCUUUGUGUGUGUGUGUGUGUGUGUGUGAGUGAGAGUGUGUGAGAGAGAGAGAGAGGGGACAGAGCAGGUCUCAGGAUAGAGACAUGAGGAAUUCAGAGUCAUAAAGCUUCAGGAUGUUCCUGUGGCACCUCUUGUUUGUUCAUUUGCCCUCUGCACAGGGGGGAUGGAACUCUGUAUUACAGUUAUAUCAUCUACUGUUUGUGUUUCCCAUUAUUAAUGGCACGCAGGCAGUGUUUGCACUGCUGUUUCUUGCAUUCUCGCUCUCAUUCAUUCAUUCACUCACUCGCUCGCUCACUUUCUCUUCCUUUCCCUCAUGACAAAGAAGCCUUCAUUGGUAACACGUGCAUAUGGAUGCAUUUGAUUCAGAAAACAGCC